GCCACUCUUCGAACCUAUGUUAUAUAAGAAGCGUGUCCCCCCUCUAGAGAGCGGCCUAGAAGAACUGCGCGAGCCACCGGAAGCCGUCCGCGUAGCCCAUCUUGCGGAUGACCGAGCACAUGAAGAGCUCGAUGGGCCUGAUUUUGUUGUCGCCCUCCUCGGGCCGGCGGCCCGUGUCCUUGCCGUAGGUCUCGAAGAGGCCCAGGGCGUAGCGCAGGUCGUCCUCGCUCGCGGCGGAGUGCGCGUCGAUCUUGUUGCCCAGCACGAGGAACCUGCGCGGAAACCAACCCGUGCGUCGGGUGCACGACGCGGCCCCGCCGCGCCGUCGAGCAGUCGUCGCGACGAUUCAGCGCGAAGGCGUCGCGACGUUUUCUGCGCGGCGAGGCACGGCACCGACGCGAGCUCGUCGCAGGUCAGCAGGUAGUCGAGCUCCCGCUUCGCCUCGGAGAAGCGCUCCUUGUCGAGCGCGUCCACCAUGUACACGACGCCGUCGACGGUCGUGAAGUAGUCCUUCCAGAGCCGCCGCGCCGUCUCGUGGCCGCCGAGGUCGAAGGUCUUGAACCGGAUGUUGCCGAUGAUCAGCUCGUCCUGGUUCGGGUGCAGCGUCGGCUGGUGGAUCUGCACGCGGUUCUCCUUGAGCAUGUGCAGCAGCGUCGUCUUGCCCGCGUUGUCCAGGCCCAGGAAGAGGAUCUUGGCGGACUUGUGGUACAGGCCCAGGUUCGCCAGGACGUUAAAGACCCAGUCGAAGAGCCACAUGGUCGCCCGGGGUCGACGGCGGCUCCGACCGCGGACGCGUGGCGCUUAGCCUUUGGGUCGGCUUGCCGGACAGAGGUGCGUGGCGCAGCGGCGGCGACGCGCGAGCAACCAACGGCGUGUACUUAUGCGUAGGAGUGACCACGCCUGCAAUGUUGAUGCGACGGCACCACCACUGGUCUAUCGAAAAGUUGGGUAGGC